AUUCCAUUGAAACACCAACUCUCUCUUUCUAUAUUUUAUCUGAUCUGAUAACACUAUCAGUUCGUCAAUCUUUCUCGUAAGGCAGUUCUACAAUGGCAGAUAACCAGAAAGCAGAGGUCUUCGAACUCAACAAUGGGACCAUGCAAGUCAAAGUCUCAAACUUUGGUUGCACGAUCACCUCCUUGUACGUACCAGACAAGAAUGGAAAAUUAGCUGACGUUGUUCUUGGAUUUGACUCUCUGGAACCAUAUCUGAAAGGUGCUGCACCUUACUUUGGCUGCAUUGUGGGUCGCGUAGCAAACAGGAUCAAAGAUGGGAAAUUUACUCUCAAUGGGAUUGAAUACUCUCUGCCCAUCAACAAACCUCCAAACAGUCUUCAUGGUGGACACAAAGGUUUUGACAAGGUGGUUUGGGAAGUUGCUGAACAUAAACAGGGCAUAAAUCCAUCCAUUACCUUCAAAUAUCAUUGUCAUGAUGGGGAGGAAGGUUAUCCUGGAGAUGUUUCAGUAACUGCAACUUAUACACUUACUUCAAGCACAACAAUGAGGCUUGACAUGGAAGCAGUGCCUGAAAAUAAGGCUACUCCGAUCAGUUUAGCUCAGCACACCUACUGGAAUUUAGCUGGUCACAACUCUGGGAACAUUCUUGAUCAUUCAAUUCAGAUAUGGGCAACGCACAUUACUCCUGUGGAUGAGAACACAAUCCCAACUGGCGAAAUCAUGCCAGUUAAAGGCACCACUUUCGACUUCACCACUGAGAAGAAGAUUGGUAGCUCUAUCCAUGAAGUUCCUGGCUUGGGAUAUGACCACAAUUAUGUGCUUGACUGUGGGGAUGAGAAACUAGACUUGAAACAUGCUGCGAAAUUGAAGGACCCAUCAAGCUCAAGGGUUCUCAACUUGUGGACCAAUGCUCCUGGGAUGCAGUUUUACACAGCAAACUAUGUCAAUGGAGUUGUGGGUAAAGGUGGGGCUGUCUACGAAAAGCACGCUGGGGUCUGUUUGGAGACGCAGGGGUUUCCCAAUGCCAUUAACAAACCAAACUUUCCGUCAGUUGUUGUUCAACCUGGUGAGAAGUACAAACACAGCAUGUUGUUCGAGUUUUCUCUUGAGUAAGGUACAGAAAUAAGUAAACACAGGUAUAAUGUCUUCCUUUGUGUUUGUUCUGAUGGAUUCACAUUUUCUCCGAACUUGGUUGAUGAUUUGAAGCAUAAAUUUAUGACAAGGGAGAAGUUGAAAUAUGGAUGUUUGUGAUUUUUUUUUGGUGUGUUUAAGAGAGAAAAUAAUGGAACAGCAAAAUUAGAACAUCGUCUAUUAAAGUACAUUUUAUCAUCGUUGAAUGUAAUUCCCUCCACAUG